AUGGCUCGGGCAGCGUUCUCAUUCAGCCGCGAGGGCAGACAGCGCUUGGCGGGCGUUCUGCGCGCUCUGCUGAUCGCGCAGCUUGUUCUUACUCUGUGCACCGCCAUCUUUUGUUACAACGCGUCUCAGCGCGUCAUGGCUUUGCUGAAACAUAUACAUAAGGUAACAGUGUACUUCCUCUACGGCCUCAUCCUCUUCCAAGCGUACUGCAUGAAGGUCCAUUACACGAGUGGAUUCCGCCUCAUCACAUUACUCCUCCAGAGCCCGUACUGGCCUCGCGUGACCCUCGUAACUAAAGUCUGGCUGUUCACCGGCAGUAUGGUGGCUGUUAACGGAAUGCUGGUGUAUGCCGCCUGUAGAGGAACGUUAAAGGCGCUCUCCAAUGAGCUGUCAUCAUCGCUGCGUGUCGGUAUAUCGCAGUACCUUGCAGAGCCUACAUGGAAAAUACUCUUGGAUACGAUGCAGGUGGAACUAAGUUGUUGUGGUGUUGAGAAGCCCAGCGAUUGGCACGAGAUACCCUGGCUCAAUAUGGACGUUCUGAACGAGGACUCCACUGUUGUUUUGAAGUUGGCAAGUUCUGACGGAAAGGUGCACCCUCCCGUGACACCGUAUUCCUGUUGUACCCCCAGAGUGCUGUCAGCAUGCUAUCACGACCCUUUACAACAGAGCGAAUGGCGUUCGGUAUGGUCCAUCAGCUCGGCACUGGUUCCGGCGUCGCUGCACACGCGCGGCUGCGUGGAGGCCGUGCGCGCCCCGCUCGCCAGGGCUCUGCUGGCGCUCCACUGCUUCGCCAUGCUGGUCUGCCUGCUACAGAUAAUAAUAGUGGUUUUGACUCAACUCCUGCGCACGAGCGCGCGGUCCGCCGUUCUGAGCGGCGCGUGCGACGGAGCGGGUCUCGGGGAAAUACUGCCUACCGGGGGGACUAUACCCACUGAGAAUGCAGCAGCAUUAUUAGAAUCGCCGCAUUGUCAAGCGAGUAGUUCAUGUGCGAUCGCGUUGACGAGAAGACGCAGGCGACGGCUUCCUGCCGCUGCCACCAGCUAUCCUGGACUGUCUUGACUUGUCAGGUGAGGUGUAAUAAUACUCCACAAAGGAGGCCACAUUACUUGUAUAUACAAUGUGUAUAUUAUUGUUUAAAGUAUUUAGAUAUAUAUAGCACAUAAAUAAAACAAAUUAUAUAAUCAAUGCAAACAAAGGCUUUAUUUGACUUCAUUAUAAACAGUCCUUACUUACUAACAGUUAAGUAACAAUGCAUUUAUGCAAUUCGAAAGCCGUCUCUCAUUUUGUGCGGCGUUUAAGAUACACGGAUUAUUUCAUUUUAAUAUAUAUAUAUAAAUAAAAAA